ACAUCUGAUGAAAAACGUGCCGUCACCAACAAACAAACAAACAAAGAUAAGAAGCAGCAGCUGAGGCCGAGUGUUUAGUACUAGUAGCUGUUGUUAUCGUUUAGUUACAUAAUAAUCAAAAAACGAAGAAUACGCUUUCUCAAACAAUCCAAAUUCGCCACCACCACCUUCCUUCCUUUCUCAACACAAACUCACUCUUCUAGUUUUUGUCUCCAUCGCCCAUCGCAUCGGAAAACCAUGUCCUCCGGCGGCGGCGGUUGCAGCAUCAGAGCCAUCUGGAUCCUCAACAGCCUCGACGCCGUCGUUUUCUCCAGGAGGUUUCCAGUGGUUGAGAAGCGGUGGCGGACGGCUUGUAGGAGUGAGAAUGAGAAAGUUACAGAGAAUAGUCUUAGUUAUUCUGUGUUUUCUUUAUUCCCCUCGGAUUCAGAAUUAGCCGCUGCAUUUGUGGAGAGAAAGCGGAGGGAGGGAUCUGCUCGUGGGUUUGGUGUACGUGUCAGUCAAUCAUCUGUAGGGUCAGAUUCCUGGGUUGAUGAUCCAAUUACCCGUCACAUUAUAGGCCUUUACAUAAACAAGGAAGAGGAAGGAGAUAGUAAUCUGCUGUGGCCUUUAAUAUUGCACAUAAAGGGUAAUUAUUGCAUUCUUGUAUUGCCUUUAGUUGAGCCUAGGCAUGUGAAGGCAUAUGCAAGGUUAUGUCAAAGAUCUGAUUGUGGAAAUGCCGUUGGAGCAGAUGAAAGUUUAUCUUCCCUCCUACUUGAUCUUCCAUCCAUCACAGGGGCAUUCAUGGUUGCACAUGCUAUUGGUGACAUAGUUGCUGGUGAUGUGGUAGAACCUGAGGUGCUUGUAAGUGCAUCUCCAUCUGUAGGAGGUUUGUUGGAUUCACUAACUGGCAGUAUAGGGAUAUCUGGCAUCUCCUCUCGGGCAAAACCUGUGGCCGCACCAGUUGCAUCUUCCAUCCCUUCAAGUACUGCUGUAACAGGAGCUGUUGCAGUGGAUGCACCAAAGAUUGGUUCAAGGCCUUUGGAUAAAGAUGCCCUUCGAACUUUCAUAAGUAGUUCAAUGCCCUUUGGUACACCUUUGGACCUUAGCUAUUCCAAUAUAUCUGCUAUCAAGGUUAAUGGCUUUUCUUCAUCAGAUCUGCCUCCAGCUGAUCUUAAGCAACCAGCAUGGAAGCCAUAUCUUUACAAAGGAAAGCAGAGAAUACUAUUCACAAUUCAUGAGACUGUUCAUGCUGCCAUGUACGAUCGAGAUGAGAUUCCAGAUAAUAUAUCAGUUUCUGGUCAAAUAAACUGUCGAGCAGAAUUAGAAGGAUUGCCUGAUGUCUCAUUCCCCUUAACAGGGUUGAACGCAGCUCAUGUCGAGGUCUUAUCAUUUCAUCCUUGUGCUCAAGUGUCUGAACAUGGUGCGGAUAAGCAGGCUGUGAUGUUUUCACCUCCUUUGGGUAAUUUUAUUUUACUACGUUAUCAGGCUAGUUGUGGCCAUGGACCUCCCAUUAAGGGAUUUUACCAAUUGUCAAUGGUCUCUGAGGAUAAAGGUGCGUUUUUGUUCAAGUUACGCCUUAUGGAAGGUUAUAAGUCUCCUCUUACGAUGGAGUUCUGUACUGUGAGUAUGCCUUUUCCUAGAAGAAGGGUUGUGUCCUUUGAUGGGACUCCUUCAAUCGGAACAGUGUCAACUACAGAGCACUCUGUUGAAUGGAAAAUUGUAUCUGGUGGUCGUGGCCUUUCUGGGAAAAGUAUUGAGGCAACCUUCCCUGGAACUGUUAAUUUUGCACCAUGGCAAACCCAAAGAUUACCUUCCUCUAGGUCAUUUUUGGGAAGCAUAGCUGAUGAAGAUAGUGAUGUUGAGACAGAGAAUUCUAAUAAUAUGGUAAACAUGGAGGAAUUCAUAAUGGAGAAAAUGAUCAAUGAUCUUCCUCCAGUUGAUCUAGAGGAGCCAUUUUGCUGGCAGGCAUACAAUUAUGCUAAAGUAUCUUUCAAGAUUGCUGGGGCAUCAUUGUCUGGGAUGUCAGUUGAUCCUAAAUCAGUAAGCAUCUAUCCAGCUGUUAAAGCACCUGCGGAAUUUUCAACUCAGGUUACUUCUGGGGAUUAUAUUUUGUGGAACACGUUGGGUAAGUGCCCAUCUGCUGCAGCAGAGAAAGUAUAGUUAAAAGAUGGCAACUCAGAAAUGUAAGAUGUUUUCAUUUUCUAAUCAACUAUAGCCUGAUCUUGUAUUUUAAAGUCUCGUGUGAGCUGAGCAAGAGACUAGUUUGCCAUGUCCGUCCAUUGAUGGCUGCAUUCUGAAGCUUAACGAGCCUCAAUCAUUGUUUUUAGAGAUGAAUUGAGAGAGAAGAGUUAAACAUGAUGGACGGGUCAAGAUUUUGGUCUGAUAUGUUAUGAAAUGGAUGAAUUUCAGACAUUUUAGUAAUAGCCUUGUUUUAUGUUGGGAUUGAGACACGAUGAGUUGAAGAUAUUAACUGUGGUAACAUAGGGCAAUCUACUUAGACAAGCUGACAUGAGCUUCCUUCUAUUUGUUUGUUUAUUGUAUUGAUAGACGUGUGUUGUUAAUUUUUAUGCUCGAUACUGUUUUGGGUGAAUGCAAAAAUGUAAUUGAUAUUUAAGUAAAAUUCAAUGGCUUGAACU